AUGGGACGUAGCAGGAUCUACCUUCUGCUAUUGCUGGGCACAUGCACCCUAGCCCAGCAAGAUGUAGGAAGUGUGGCUGAACAAUCUCCAACAUGCUUUUUGGCUAAAAGGUUCAGGAACUUCAGGCGCUUUUUGUACGACUAUGAGGCUUUGACCUUCAAUGGCGUUCCCGGAGCCAAUGUCAACAAGAGCGGCCCCAAAGUCUCCUGUCAAGUUGAUCUUGAAGUGCCACAGACCUGCAGCUUCAUCCUGCGCACCACAGAAUGCUCUCUGAGCGAGAUCUUUGCUGUGGAUGAUGACGGGAAGGCGCUGUAUCACCCCGCUGCUGGAGCUCAGGCUUUCAAAGCCGCCAUGGCCAAGAACCCACUGAAGGUCACAGUUGAGCGGCACACUGAUGUGAAACUCUUCCCCGAGGAGGAUGAGCCAGUCAACAUCUUGAACAUCAAGAGAGGAAUCUUGUCGUCCCUCCUUGUUCCCGUCAUGGAAGAAGAGAGGAACAACAAAAUGCCCACCGUGUACGGUGUCUGCGCCACCGACUUCACAGUCAAUGCCAGAGGAGACAUCGCUACCGACGUAACUAUCAGCAGGGAUCUUUCCAGAUGUGACAGCUUCAGCGCUCACAAACAGGCUACCAGUCCCCUGGCUCUCAUCUCAGGAAUGCACUAUCCUUUGUCCAAACUGAUUAGCAGCCACCAGACUUGCAACUACAAGUUUGACAACCAGAAGAAACACAUGACCAGUGGAACCUGCACAGAGAGGCAUAUCUUCCUGCCCCUCUCCCACAAGAACGAGUACGGAAUUUCCACUCUGGUGAAGCAGACUGUGACUCUGAGAGAGACCGCCAAGAUUAAUGACAGAGUCUUUGAUCAUAAUGAGGCCCUCCCCCGUUUCUUGCCAAUUGAACUUGUUGAUGACAAGUCCCCUGUGCAAACUCAAGAUGCUGCCAUUACCACAAUGGAGCAGCUGAAGACCCUGUCCCAGACCAGCGAUGGGGAGCAGCGUGCCUCCCUCUUCCACAAACUGGUGUCUGAGCUGCGUGGCCUGAAGGCUGACGUCCUGCAGGCUGCUGCAAUUGAGAUGAUUGAUAUGUCGGACUCCCUGGCCAUGCAAGCUCUGGUACAGUGCGGUACACCAGAGUGCACCAGCGCCAUGCUGAGGGUUCUCGGGACCUUAGACAAGUCUGCUGUUGAAGUCGAGGCGGCCGUUUACGCCCUGGCACUGCUGCCUAACCCUUCACGCCUAAUGGUCAAGGAUAUGCUGGCCAUGGCUCAGAACAGGAAGAGCAAGCCCAUCAUGUAUGCCUUGAGUAAUGUAGUCAGGAGGCUGUACCGGGCUGAGGGGAAAGUCACUCCAGAGAUUACUGCUGUUUCUAACUUCAUGACUUCCCUUCUGGGCCCAGAUUGUUCCGGGGAGAAAGAUCUGACCUUCCUGACAUUGAGGGUUGUUGGUAACAUUGGAGAUGUGAUAGAAGAUGCUGACCCUGCUAUCAAGAACACCCUGCUGAAAUGCAUGAGACAGCCUGCAACCACACUCUCUGUUCAGCUUGCUGCCAUCCAGGCUUUCAGACGAAUGUCUUUGACAGAUGAGGUUCGCUCAAACCUCCAGAGGGUGAGUCAGUAUCCAAAAGGUGCUGUGCAGAAACGCCUUGCAGCCUACCUGAUUCUGAUGAGAAAUCCUAUAAAUACUGACAUUGACAUGGUGAAGAAGAUCCUGAAACAGGAGCAGAAUGAGCAGGUCAAAUCUUUUGUGACCUCCCAUGUCUACAACAUCAUCUCCUCCACUGAUCCUGAGACCCAAAAACUUGGGAGGAAGAUAAUGGACGGUCUCCAGGACAUUGAUGUGGGCACACACAAUGACUAUACAACAAAGUCUCGCAACUACAAAUUGGGUAUGGCACAUGAAAGCAUGCAGGCCAGUAUUCAGGGCAACGUUAUCUUUGACCCUAGCAACCAGCUGCCCAGAGAAGUCAUGUUAGAAUCUACCCUGAAAGUGUUUGGCUACAAUAUGGACAUGUGGGAGCUUGGAAUCGAAGGAAAAGGCUCAGAACCCUCUAUUGAGGCUUUGUUUGGAAAGAAUGGCUUCUUCCCAGACACAUUGUCCAAGACUCUGUACUGGGCGGAGAAUAAGAUGCCACUCAAGAUGAUGGAGGUUCUGGAGAAGUGGGUUGCUCCCUUGAAAUCAGAAGGACAGAAGGUACCUGAAGAUCUUAUGAGAGAAAUUGUCCGCAAUUUCAACAAGCUGGUAAAGGAUUUGCAGGAUCAAGAAUCUCCAGAGGCCAUGGCCUACCUUAAGAUUAUGGGAACAGAGCUUGGCUACAUCAAGGCCAGCGAUUUGAAGUUUAUUGCUGAUAAUGCUAAAAUGUAUGCAGAGAUUUUCCUUAAGAUCCUCCCUGCCCAGGUGGUGUCUAAACUGAUGUCCGGCACAGACAAUGAGAUCUUUAUCCAUUACAUGUUCAUGGACAACAAAUUUGUCCUUCCAACUGCCUCUGGGUUGCCUCUGACCUUUUCUCUGUCAGGCACCUUUACUCCCGGAGCUAAGGGAGGACUUCGCAUUUCCCCAAACAUGAAUGAACUGUUGUUCAUGCCGUCUGUUGGCGUUGAGUUUGUGACCCAAAUGGGCGUCCAUGUCCCCGAAUUUGUUGUCUCUACUGUCGAGAUGCACACCAGCUUGUACCACGAGAGUGCACUCAAUGCUAAGCUAACCAUGGAGUCAAACCAGGUCAAGCUUUCGAUUCCGGCUGCACAAGCCCCUGCAAAGCUUUUGAGAAUCAGCAAUAGAGUGAUGAUUGUUGGUGAUGGCAAGGCUGCCAUAAUCCCACACAAUAUGGGUAAUGUGAACUGUGACUCUCUCUAUGGAAUCAAGUAUUGCACAAAAAAACUUCAAGUUGAUGUACGCAGUAAAAGUGAUGUUUACUUCCCUCUGGCCGGAGAGACAAUGUUUGGAAUUGACAUCGAGCCCAAGGUCUCAUACACAGCUACUAUUGCAUACACACUCCUCAAUGAAGGAAAUGAUGGCCGCCAGAAGGUGGAUUCCCUAAAGAUUACUCUGAAAACUGAAGGUGGUCAGGCUGCAGAAGCUUCCGCCACCAUGAAAUACAACAGGAACAGGAAUGUCUUCACCAGCCAAAUCCAGAUACCUGACUUUGAUGUCGAAGCUGGAAUCAAGGUUGGCUUGACUGAUAGCAGCGCCAAAGGCAAAGCCCUCACCCUUGAGCUUUCCAACAAGAAUGUGCCACAGCUCACUUUGACUGGUCGCGCCCACAUUCAGGCCAUGACUGAUGGCAUGCUGCAGAUUCAGUUGGUGGUCCCCGCUCUGAAGACAGAUGCUACCAUCUCUGCCACCAUGAGUAAAGCUGAAGAAUUAAUUUUUGAGAUCAAAAGUGAUAUGAAGCUCCCAGAGACAUCCUCGAUUCAGUCAGUCACAUUCAAAUAUGGCAUAGAUCAGGCAGAGGUUAAGCUGAUGUCAAACAUGAACGCUGAGACCAAAGUCCUGGUACCUUAUACUGGAGCCCUCAGGUCCUGGGUUAGGCAGUUUGCUGAGGAUGCCAUGGAUCAUCGGGUUGGUAACACUGACAUGAAACUGCGUCAUAUUGUCAACAAAGCAUUUGAGGCCAGCAACAUCUGGAUGAACAAGAUCUCAGCUGAUGUCCCCUAUGUGGAGACUCUGAAGAACAAUAUUGCAAAGGUGGAAAUGCCCUCCAUGCCUGAGAACCUAUUUAUGAACAUGGAAAGCAAAUUCCGCUACCAGUUCAACAAGGACUAUCUGACCAUCAGUAUCCCCCUGCCACUUGGAGGGAAAUCCUCUGAGGAAUUGUUCAUCUUCCCUAACAUAAUCACCAUGCCACUGCUGGGUGUGGAGCUUGCACCACAGCAGAUGGAAAUUCCCAAAUUUACCAUCCCCUCUGAGCAAGAGAUCAACCUGCCCCUUAUUGGAAUGGUGGAAGUGUCUGCCAAGGUGAACAGCAACUAUUACAACUGGGAGACAACUGUGUCAGCAGGCAACAAUACUGUGGACACUCCAAACUAUUUGGCCAAAUUCAAGGUUCAGGCUACCAGUCCCAUCAAACUUCUGUCUUUCACGACUGAAGGAGCUACAGAAGUUACUGAUACAGCUGAGAAAACACUGAAAUUCACCCUGAAUGGUUCCUUGGUGCACGAGUUUGUGAGUACAAGGGUUAACAUGGAGGAGACUAUUGCUGUCUCAGACAAUGUAACAUCAUCAGGAAAAUACAACAUCCAUGCUGCUGCCCCCCUGGGUUUGCAGACCUCUCUGGAGAUUACCAAGCACUUCACUCUUGAUUCAGCCAAGCUAUUGGGAGACAUCAAUGCUGAUGGAAGUGUCACCAUUGGAUCUUUAACUGCUAGUACCACUUAUCUCAACACCUUCUCAGCUGACCAUGCAAAGAAAGAAGUCAGAUUGGAGAGCACACUGAGAGCAAACUCUGAAAUUCUGAAGGUUACAAAUAAGAUCAAGUCUGUAUAUGCAAAUGAGAAUCUUAUGAUUGAGUCUAACACUAACAUCAACAGUGACCCCAUCAAGCACUCGACAAAAAUUAACCUUAACUACAAGGAUGUCAAGCUUAGCAUUCUCUCUAACUCUGUGACCAAAACUGGUCAGAGAAUGCUUCAGAGCCAAGUUGAGUUCUCAGCCUCUGAAGAUCAAACCAGCCUCCGUAUAGGAAAUACAGCUGAAGAUACAGUGAACCGUGCCUACUCUUUGCUAACUGGUUCCCUGAAUCCUUCUGGCUUGGAGCUCAAUGCUGAUGCCUCUAUUAACAUCUUUUCGAGCCUUGCCUCUCACAAGGCAACCUUGGCCUUGAACGCCAAUGGCCUGACCACCAGCUGUACCACAACUGCUCAGCACAGGCCAGUGACCUUUGAGAAUAUUUUCCACAGUGGACUUGAUGCUAAUGGUGCCACCAUGUCUCUCACCACAAAGGGAGGCACUAAAGAGAACAAAGUUUAUUUUAAUGUUGAAGGAAAGAUUGCAAACUCUGAAGCCUACCUAAAUGGUGUUUUUAACGGUGACAUCUUGGCCAUCAACACAAGAAACACAAUGAACUUCAGAAUAAGUGAAGAUGGUUUGAUCUUAUCCAACAACAUAGUUGGAUCUUUCAAUGAAAUGCGGACCGAUAAUUCUAAUUCCCUUUCUCUUACACCAAGAUCUUUGACCCUCCACACCAAGACUGACAGCUUCCUUAACACAAGAAACUCCUACAUGCAUGACAUCACAGUUACCAUGGAGCGUUUUACAGCUUCAGCCAUGAUCAAAAAUAAUCUGAAGAUCAUGGAGAUAAACUUUAAUAAUGAUGCCCAGUUCAAGGCACAACCCUACAACAUGGAGCUGACCGGAACAGUGAGGGGAGACUUGUCAGAAGAUGAACUCAAGCACAGUUAUGAAGUGAAGUUCAUGAACAUGAUCCUGUCUACAAAGUGCAACACCAACGGUAACAUCCUGGGAUCUCAGAUAACACAUGCCACAGAUAUGGAGGUUGCUGGUCUAACUGUGAAAUUUAACAACGUUGCUGAUUACAAAUCUCAGUCUCUUCGUUUUGACAGUAAGAUCAAUGCUGUUGCUGAACCCUUCUCCCUUACCGUUGAUGCCUUGUUAAACUCAAAUGGUGGAGUAUCUUUGUAUGGACAGCAGAGUGGGGAACUAUAUAGCAAAUUCCUCCUGAAAGCAGAACCCCUCCUCUUCACGCAUUCGUUUGAAUACAGAGCUUCAACCACUCAUGAGAUUAAAGGCAGACCCACAAUCAAGACCAAUGUGGACAACAAGCUCAGCAGCACCAUGAGUCUUAAAGAACAAAGCGUUCACCUGACAGUUAAAUCUAAGGUAAAUGACCACACUUUUGAUCAGGAAUUGGGGGCCUACAACAAUGCAGAGAGAAUGGCUAUUGACAUGAGAGGAGCAGUCACCACAAACCUCUUUAGUGAAACCAUUCAAGACUACAGUAUGUCUGGAUUUGUGAAGUAUGACAAGAACACUGAUAGCCAUUUCAUCCAGAUCCCUUUCACCGAGCACAUUCCUGCAAUUAUUGAAGUUGUAAAAAAUACAGUAAUGAGGUUGACCGACAAUGGCAUUGAAUUGCUGAAAGACAUUAACACCGAGUAUGAGAUCGGUACCACGAUUCAGAACAAAGUAUCUGAACUGAAGGAGGUCAUUGACAACUUUGACUUAAGCCUCAUUGCCCAAAAUGUAAAAAAAUAUGUCAACUCCUUUGAAAAUGUCUUGACCAACCUGACAGCCAAGUUGCCAACAGAAAAAGUAAUCAAUGUGCUGAAAUCAGUCAAGGGUGCUAUCAUGGCUUGGAUACAGAAAUAUAACAUCUCUAAUAGAUUCAAUGUAAUUUAUGAAAAAAUGGAGGAAAUUCUGUCCAAGUAUGAGGUUGACAAGAUGAUCGGAGCAGUGAUGGAUGAGGUUGUCAAAAUUAUGAAGCAGUAUCAAGUGAGGGAAAAGAUUAAGUCUGUAUUUGCCCUUCUUAGGUCAAUUGACAUCCAGCCUUUGAUUAAAAAGGUUAUGGUACCUAUUGAGGAUCUUGUAAAUGAGCUAUACUCUUUUGACUUCAAACAGCUGAUUGAGGACAUGAGGGAUUAUGUUAUGAGAAUGGUACAGAAAAUACAAUCCUUCGAUUAUGACAAAUUAACACUGGAGCUGAAAGAAAAAGUAACAGAUAUGAGCAAGAUUCCCUGUUUUGGAAAACUCUACGGAGAGUUUAAAAUCAACUCGCCACAUUACAAACUCAGGACGACAGCAGAUCUGGAAAACACCACAGCUACAUCAGUCACACCAGAGUUCAAACUGAACCUUAAUUCUCAGGCCACAUCUACUUUGACGGUCCUCCAGUUUACUAUAGAUGCCAAUGCACAUUUGGCUGUGCCCAAGAUGAGCCGUCUGGCAAUUUCUGAGUAUAUUAAGAUUGAUCAGUCAUCUUUUAAACUCGACCACAAGGGAACAAUGACUAUCUAUGGCCUGUCAGGUCAAGGUUCUGCUGAAACUACUGCAAAGAUAUCCACCAAAUUGUAUUCUGCAGAUCUCGUCAACAAUGUGUUCUUUGCCAUGGAAGAUGGACUCUCUACAAGUGUAGAUACGGACUAUAAUCAUGACCUCAACAUGCCACCUCUCAACAUCUUCACUCACGUGUCAUCAACGCAAAAGACUAAUCUUGCACUGGAAGCAGGCUCUGCACAUCUGAAAAUGAACACUCUGGCUAAUGCAAAAUAUGCAAUUCGGGAUUUCUCAGAUGAGGCAACUCACAACAGUAACAUGGACUUAGUCAUGGAUCUACACACAGCCAAAGUGACUUUCAUUGGUGCAACAAGCUGCAUAGGCUUUAAAACCAAUCAGAAUGUGGUUGCUGAUAUCUGCAUUUUCCGCCAUGCAAUUGUAGAUGCUAAAGUUGAGACAGAAACACCUGUGAUGAAGGGGAGUGUUUUAGACAUAAAGUUCCAGGCUAGGGUUGAAGACAUGAAAAUUGAUCUCACUGCCUCUCAUAAUGCACAACUGAUUGAGGGAACUCUUUCAAGCUCCGCCCUUGCCUUGAUCACACCUACUGAGCUCACUUUAGAGAGCAAGAAUAAGGGAAAUUCCAAGCUUUUCCUUCCAUUCAAGCUGUCUGGAAAGAUGGAGUUCGAUAAUGACAUCUUUCUUACACUGAACCCUGAAGUGCAGCAGGCCAGCUGGACUGGAAUGACCAGAGUCAACCAAUACAAAUAUUCCCAUUACUUCAAAAUGGAUAAUGGUGAAAGGGAAAUUAAUAUUAUUACUCAGAUUAAUGGAGAGGCAAAUCUUGAUCUCUUGAGGCAACCAAUCACUAUUCCUGAAAUAACAGUGCCAUAUUAUGGAAUGAGGACACCAAAAGUGGAGGAUUUCUCACUGUGGGAAGAUGCUGGUCUGGGUUAUCUCCUCAGUACGACACAGCAGACCUUUGACAUGAGCUCCAAGAUUAAAUACAUGAAGAACCCAGAGAUGUUCACCAUAAACAUAAAUGCAGAUCCCGUCAUCAAUGUCAUUAACACCAACAUCAAGAAUCUACACAAGAAAGUGCUCAUGGGCAAAGAUAAGGCUGCUGAUAUUCUGGCUUCAACCUAUGCCAAUGCACAGGGAAAGUAUGAAAAAUAUAAUAUUGAAUUACCUAAAACACUUACGAUUCCUGCAUACAGAGUACCAGUGAUCAAUGUUGAGAUGUCAACAUUCACCAUUCCCCUCCCAGAUACCAGUCUUGUCACAAUGCCAGCUCUGCAUGUUCCAUCAGCUAUCAGCAAGUUUACCCUUCCUAGAAUCACUCUGCCCAAAAUUCAGAGCAUAAAGAUUCCCAUGAUGGGUGAUCUGACCUUUGAGUUCUCCAUGAAAGCACCAAUGAUCACUCUCAAAAGCAAUGCCAGCAUUCUCAACCAAGACAGCUUCAUCAUCAAACUUGAUGCAUCCUCAUCAUCACAAUUUGAGUUUCUGACAGGACAAAUUCAGGGAAACACCAAUGUUAACAUGUUUGGCGGAUUCAAGAUGGCCUCUCUCCUUGCUGUAAAAAAUACAAUGUUGGAAGGAGACCAUGGCAGCACCAUCAUCUUAAAUUGUGAAAAGUUUGACGCCUCCAUCAGCAAUUCAGUCAAGGUCAAUCUGCCUUGUGAGACCAUGGAAGUCCACCAGGAGAUUACUGGAAACAGUCUUGUCUUCUCUCUGUCCACCACAUCUGCUGGUCACGUUGGAAUUCAAAUGCAGACCAAGCGUCCAGCACAAGUGAGAGCAAGACUCUAUGGUCGCUACCCUACUGAACCACAAACGGACAUUGAUAUCUUGGCCCUGAAAAUGUCUGUGAUGAACUCUGAAAAGCUGAAUAUUCAGACUUCCUGGAACAUGGAGAUGCCAUAUGAGAUGAUGCUGGGACUGAAGAAGAAUGCACCUGUGGUAGUCCAAACAGUCACCACUCCUGCUAUCAUGACUUAUGAUAAAAUUAGCAGAUAUGCACGAAGCCUUGAGGGUUCUUUCCAGCAGGCUAGGAACCAGGGUACAGUGAUGUUGAAUAGGGCUGUUGACAACUUUGCAGCAGUUAAUCCCUCCGAUAUGCUGACAUCUGUCAAAGUUCAGACCAAUAUUAUCGUUAGAAAAUACCAAAAAAAGGUUGAGACUUUUCUUGACGCUGCAGUUAAAUUCCUGAGAGAGACCAAGUUUCUAAUCCCAGGCUAUGCACAAAGGCUGUCGGGUCUUGAGGUCUAUCAGAAAUGCAGUACCUUUGUUGCUGAAGUAUAUGACAAGGUGAUUCAGAAUGUCUCAAAGUUUUUAUUUUUCACGGUGAAAGCAGCCGUUGAGUCCUUUGAAGCCAUUGAAUUUAAAAUUCCGGGUUCUAGCCUGAUUGUCAGUGGAAGAGACAUUCUAAAUGACUCUUUUAGAGCUCUGAGGAUAGUCCAGGACCAAGUGAGUGCCACAGUGAGACAUGUGGGAGGAAACACAAUUGAAGAUAUUCUCAGGGAUCUUUCUGCAUUAAAUAAGAGGCUCCUCGAAAUUUUAAGAUCACAAGAUGUAGCGAAGCUCCCCGCCCUUGUCACCGACAUGUACCAGGAAGCCAUUGACUCCCAUGUCUUUACUAGUGUUGUUAAGCAGAUUGAGAAGGUCCACCACAUAAUUAGCGAAUACCUUAAAACUAUGACAACAAACCUCCAGAACAUUCUGGCCAACAUCUCCACUGAACAACUCCAAUCAGACAUCCAGUACUCAAUUGACUUGAUGCUGAAACGUGCAAAUGCUUUCCAUCACAAUAUCAUUAGAAUCCUAAAGGAAAAAAGUAAAACUGUUGAACCUUUCGUAAGAGUUGGUGACAGACAGAUGGAGGUGGAUAUUCCUUUUCCCUUUCUUCACCAGUUCAACUAACUUCCAUGGAU